AAGUCGUUUUAUCCUGAACUUAAGGAUUAAUUGAUGGUUGAGAUAAUAAUAAAAAAAGAAAAAGACAAUAACUAGUGAUCUUCAUUAUAUCAGUCUAUCUCUGUCGGUAAGCGAACACUCAGACUCACUUCGCUCUUUUCAGUUCUGUGUCUUUCAAUGGCUACAUUUCUCUCCAGUUUUCUUCCUUUACUGGUUCUUUUGUUCAUUUCCUCGAUUUUUCCUAAAUCGUUUUCCACUGAUUCAACGGUUAAAACCUUCAUCUUUCGUGUUGAUUCUCAAUCAAAGCCGUCCAUUUUCCCCACUCACUAUCACUGGUACACUUCCGAGUUCGCCGAGCCAACUCGAAUCCUCCAUAUAUAUGACACGGUUUUCCAUGGCUUCUCCGCCUCUUUAACUGAAACCCAUGCUGCUUCCCUCAGUAACCACCCUUCAAUGCUUGCUGUUUUUGAAGACCACCGCCGGGAACUUCAUACAACUCGCUCCCCUCAGUUCCUGGGGCUACGAAACCAACACGGACUUUGGUCGGACUCUGAUUACGGAUCCGAUGUCAUAAUAGGAGUAUUCGACACCGGAGUCUGGCCCGAACGACGUAGCUUCUCAGACACGAAUCUUGGACCGGUUCCGGCUAGGUGGAAAGGAGUUUGCCAAACCGGAACCAAAUUUGCUGCUGAAAGCUGUAACCGCAAAUUAAUCGGAGCGAGAUUCUUCUCUAAAGGUCAUGAAGCUGCGGCGGGACCGGGUGGUCCGAUUACCGGCAUCAACGAAACGAUCGAAUUCAUGUCGCCGAGAGAUGCUGACGGUCACGGGACUCACACCGCCUCUACCGCUGCCGGAAGACAUGCAUUUCGCGCCAGCAUGGAAGGUUACGCCGCCGGAAUCGCAAAAGGCGUGGCCCCGAAAGCGAGACUGGCAGUUUACAAAGUUUGUUGGAAGAAUUCAGGUUGUUUCGAUUCCGACAUUUUAGCCGCUUUCGAUGCCGCCGUUAACGAUGGCGUCGACGUAAUUUCGAUUUCCAUUGGGGGCGGAGACGGAAUCUCUUCUCCUUAUUAUCUCGACCCGAUCGCAAUCGGAGCAUACGGUGCGGUUUCGCGAGGGAUAUUUGUGUCAUCUUCGGCUGGAAACGAUGGGCCUAAUUUAAUGUCGGUUACCAAUCUUGCUCCUUGGUUGGUUACCGUUGGAGCGGGAACAAUCGAUCGGAAUUUCCCUGCUGAAGUCAUCAUUGGUGAUGGGAGGAGGUUAAACGGCGUGUCGUUGUACUCUGGCGAGCAGUUAAAAGGAAAGAUGUAUCCGUUGGUUUAUCCUGGAAAAUCAGGGGUACUCUCGGCUGCUUUAUGUAUGGAGAAUUUGCUUGAUCCUAACGUUGUUAAGGGAAAAAUCGUGAUUUGUGAUCGAGGGAGUAGUCCAAGAGUGGCUAAAGGUUUGGUUGUGAAGAAAGCUGGAGGAGUCGGCAUGAUUCUUGCUAACGGUGUUUCAAAUGGCGAAGGAUUGGUCGGUGAUGCUCAUCUUUUACCCGCUUGUGCUCUUGGGUCAGACGAAGGAGAUGUGGUCAAAUCAUAUGUUUCAUCAUCAGCAAAUCCAACGGCCACCAUUGAUGUUAAGGGUACUGUCAUUGGUAUCAAGCCUGCGCCUGUUGUGGCAUCGUUUUCUGGGAGAGGACCCAAUGGGUUGAACGCUGAAAUUCUUAAGCCGGAUUUGAUUGCUCCUGGGGUUAACAUUUUGGCUGCUUGGACUGACGCUGUUGGCCCCACCGGGUUAGACUCUGAUCAACGGAAAACAGAGUUUAAUAUUCUAUCAGGAACCUCAAUGGCUUGCCCUCAUGUUAGUGGUGCUGCGGCUUUGCUUAAAUCUGCACACCCUGAUUGGAGUCCAGCGGCAAUUCGAUCCGCUAUGAUGACUACUGCAAGUAUAACCGAUAAUAAAUUUCAGCCAAUGAUUGAUGAAGCAACUGGGAAGCGGUCGACUCCUUAUGAUUUUGGUGCUGGGCAUCUAAAUCUUGGCCGUGCAUUGGAUCCGGGACUUAUUUAUGAUAUUACUAACAAUGAUUAUGAAAACUUCUUGUGUGGUAUUGGUUAUAAUCCGAAGUUAGUACAAGUUGUUACGCGAUCGUCGGUAGUUUGUCCAAUGAAGAAGCCAUUGCCUGAGAGUCUUAACUACCCUUCAAUUGCUGCAUUGUUUUCAACCACAUCAAGGGGUCCAACAAGCAAGACGUUCAUUAGGACCGUGACUAAUGUUGGUCAAGCAAAUGCGGUUUACAUUGCGAAGAUAGAGGCACCCAAAGGGGUGACAGUGACAGUGAAGCCGGUGAAGCUGGUGUUCACGCCAGCGCUGAAGAAGAUGAGCUUUUUCGUGACCAUAACAGCAGAUAGCAAGCACCUGGUGCUUGAUGAUGUAGGAGCUGUUUUCGGCUCACUGACUUGGAUAGAUGGGAUCAAGCAUGUGGUGAGGAGCCCCAUUGUAGUUAGUCAACUCGAUCCCUUGUAAACUAGUAACCUUGGGAUUCGAUCAAUGUAGGUUUUGAUCGACGAAAGAGUGAACUGCACUUUGUUCCUUUCUGUGUGUUUUUUUUCUUCUUUGGCAGUGGUAGGAUUAGGAGGAAGGGCGUUUCAAAAACUGGAUUUGAGGUUGGUUUAGUGUGAGUUUUCCUCUAUAUUUUCUUCGUUAUCUCUUUCUUAAUCGUGUAUUUAUAAACUUGAGAAGUUUAUAUAUACAGAAUAGUGCUAAGAAAUUAUCAUACAGAAAUCUUUACAACUGUGGAGCAAAUAUAUUUUUAUUAUCGCAUUCGGAGAGGAUGAAGAUAGCUGGGCUGAUUGAUCUUGCUUGUAAAUUAUAAAUGUUGAGGAGAUCACUUGUGGGGUCAAUAAGGCGACUCAUUGGUGCUGUCAAUUUCAUGCAGUACCGACCAUGUGAACUGCUGGAUCGCCAUUCUCGCAGGAAACAUAGCUUUGUCAAUUCUGGAUCUUUUUCAUGGUGUGGGGUCUUGGUUAGCGAUUCACUCGAUAACGAGUAAUUAAUUGUGGUUUGAAUUUUAUCACUUGUGCCUUGCUCAGCUGAUGACUGUUCUUGGUUUGGCUCCUGGUGGCUCUAAAGCUACGAACUUAUAGUAGUUGAAAAGGUUGUCACAAGUGAUCAGCCUUCUAUUCUUAAAAAAAACUUCCGGUAGUAGUUUUAUUUGAAUCUAUUAUA